AUGCAUCUGGCGUACAAGCCGAAGGCUGGGAGAUGGCUGGCGACUUUGACCCGCCCUCUCCUGGCACGCAAGACCUUGGACAAAGAAUGCAUCGUGUACAAUGCCUGCAUCAGUGCAUGCGAGAAAGCCGGCCAAUGGCAACAUGCUCUGGCGCUCUUCAGCGAGAUGGAGGAUAUGAACAUACAAAAGACACCGAUUACCUACAAUGCGACUGUGAGUGCUUGCGAAAAAGGACAUGAGUGGGAACUCGCGCUGACGAUAGUGUCACAGAUGGAGCACCACAAUGUCGACAGAUGUUCCAUCACCUACAAUGCCUGCAUCGUGGCUCGGCUUUACUACACAGGGCCACCCGUCACGUGCAUGGUGAUUGUGCCACAUCCCGAAGGUGCUGAUGCUCAGUCUUCUGCAGCAAGACUCCUGAGUACUUUACUCUUCCUGUGGAAGAAUAGGGUCACCAUGCCCUCGCGAAUGCACACUCCCCUGGCUGAGUUGCGCCGCGAUGCCAUCACCUACCAUGCCUGCAUUAUGUCCUGCGAGAAGCUUGAGCACAACUCCAAUACCUUCAAUGUCCUCUACUCAGUUGACAUCGAAGGUUACUUUGGACAAGCUGAGGGCUCACCCAAAAUGAUCCAACUAGGCUUGUUCCGAGGUUCUUCAGGUUCUUCAACGCCCCUACCCCCGAAGACUAGCUUGCGCAAGCCCGUCCGCCGGGCAUUCGAUGCUGAAGCCUGGAUGUUCCGGGUGCAGCCUCGUGUGGUGCCGAGAGCUGUGUGGCAAAUCGGCUGUGUGUGCUUGGCCUCGAACUGCAUCGGAGUUGGAUUCGCUCUUCUGCAGCCUGGUGCGGCCGAAGGCUCCGAGUUGUCCACUUCCCCGGAGGCAUGGAGUUUCAGCCUGCACAAUGCAGUCUUGGAGGCGCGGAUCACCUCCCGCGCUGGAGUCCUGCAGCGCAUCCAACUGACGAACAAGCUAUCCGGACGAGAGCUGCCUCCCGCAGAUGUUCUCUUGGCCAGGCUCCCGGGGCAGGCUGAUGCAGCGGCUCACCUCCGGGUGGUCGAGAUGAAGCUGAGCCGGAUUGAACCGCAGGCGAACGCAUCACAGAUGAGUCUGACCAUGUCUGGGUGGAGCGUCGUUGCCAUGAUGGAGCUCCGGCGCGGAGCGUCGCACUGGACGGCGGUGUGGUCGGCGGAGCUCCGAGACGGCUCCAACUACUUGAAGCUUGCGGCCCAACUAAACCAGGUCACAUCAGAGGGAGCUGAAGAGGCCGAAGAGGCUGAAGAGGGCAAAGGGCUUGCGGAGGCGGAGGAGGCAGCGGAAGCAGCGGAGGCGGCGGAGGCGGCGGAGGCGGAGCUGUGUUUGCUCUCUGGCAACUUGAAGGGCAGCUCGGCUGCAGGAAAGGUUGAUGGGGUCCCGAUCGUUUCAGAGGACUUCUUCUUCGGGCUGGAGCACCCGCAGGCGCUGAAUUCAGCCAAGGGUGGAGAGUACCGAUGCUGUCUCAAGCAGCAUGCUGCCAAGAUUGCGGAGCAUGGCCCUCAUGCGGCUUUGGUUCUGGGAGUCACGGUGCCCGGCCAAAUACGGAGAUCUUUUCAAUAUUAUUUAGAACGGGAGCGUGCGCAUCCCUCCAGAAAAAUGCUGCACUACAACAGCUGGUAUGACAUUGGAACAGGACAGCAGUUCGAUGCCAAGCAGGCAAUAAACCGACUGGAUCACAUCGCUAGGGAGCUAUCUGGAAGAGGGGUGGUUCUGGACUCUUUUCUGCUGGAUGACGGCUGGGAUGACCCAGACAGUGGACCAUGGGAUGUACAUGCUGGAUUUCAUGACUUGAAACGCCUGGAGGAUCGUGCUCUGCACUGGAAGACAUCGCUUGGGCUGUGGUUCUCACCCUUUGGUGGCUAUCAUGAAGCAAGGCAGCGGCGUAUCCUUGCUGCCAGGAAAGCGGGUCUGCCCGUGAGGGAGGAGACUCGCGAGCGCAAGCCGGCAGUUCUGCGCAGAGGUGGAUGCACGCAGGCAGCACCUUGCGAUGAAGGUGAGGGCAGAUGCAGCACGAAUCAGGACUGCCGAGGGCAGCUUGAGUGCUGGCACACCAGCUUCGCUGUCAGCCCACCAGGGGUGGACCUCUCCGGCAUCUCAGACUCUGACAUUCGAGUGUGCUUCGACCCUGGGGUUCGCUCUGCCUUUCUUGGAUUGGGGAUAAGGGAGUAUUACACGCACUUGCGAGACAAGAUUUGGACAUGGUUACGUGGGGGAGCCAGGCUGUUGAAACUCGAUGGCAUCGGCAACCCGGCUGGUCUUGACCACACUCUGGAGGAGGAUUUCGAUGCGGCUGUAAGCCUCAUAGCGGAGCUGCGCAAGAUCAGCAGCGACGUCUUCAUCAAUCUGUCAACUGGCACUUGGCCCUCACCUUUCUGGCUCCUGUACUCAGAUACUGUCUGGCGCAGGGGACACGACCACUACUUCGAAGGCAGUGGACCAGCGCGGGAGCGAUGGAUUACUUAUCGUGAUGCCAUGGUCUACGCAAAUGUUGUGACACAGUCGCCUUUGUUUCCUCUCAGUUCGCUGAUGGUCCAUGGCAUCAUCUUUGCAAAGGAUGCCUGGGAUCUUAACCAGUUAGAGGGAUCAGGAACGGGAAUGUCCAAUGAGCCUUUCAAGCACGAGGUGAGGUCUGCCUUUGGUUCGGGCGUGAUGCUUCAAGAGCUCUACGUGACCCCUAGUCUGCUGAACCGUGAGAACUGGGAUGACAUUGCAGAAGCAGCUAAAUGGGCUGGUGGUAGAACACAGACUCUUGCUGAUGUGCAGUGGUUUGGAGGAGACCCUGCGAAGGGUGAAGUUUAUGGUUGGGCUGCUUGGUAUGGAAGCGCUGCGGAGAGUUCCGCAGUUCUGACUUUGAGAAACCCGUCUCCGCGCAGGCAGUCCGCUUACAUUGAUCCUGUGAAGGCGUUCUCACUUCCAGGUGAUGUUAAGGGGCCAUUGGUGUUGAACACCCCAUUCUCUGACCAGAGGCCGCGACAAAUUCAGCUGGUUCGAGGUCGUGUCGCUUCGCUGGAUUUGCCGGCAUUUGCUGUGCUGGUUUUCGACACCCGCGGACCCACACCGUCGGCCUGGGACGUGUACUUUGACAUAUUGAUUGACAACUCCGCCAUCCUCUUCUGGACUGUCCUUGCCCUUGUGGUCGCAGGCUUCAGCUUGCGCGGAGCUCCUCCUCCGGCUGCACCCGCUGUGUCUGUGGAGGAGCUCCGGCGGAGGCGACUUGCAGCACUGGAGCGGCGUGCUCCUGAUGGAUAA